GUUUCUUCGUGCUUUGGAACUACUACAAACACCCAGAGGAACAGAUUGCUUCUCAUUUAUGGAAACCAGCUAAUCAAGAUUUUGAUUUGGUUGUUCCCCAGUUUGUCUGAGCCGGAGCCGUCAGGAUGAGUUGGGGUGCCCUGUAUGCCCAGCUGGGUGGAGUCAACAAGCACUCCACUAGCCUGGGGAAGAUCUGGCUGUCUGUCCUCUUCAUCUUCCGGAUCACAAUCCUGGUCUUGGCUGCUGAGAGUGUCUGGGGCGACGAACAGUCUGACUUCACCUGCAACACCCAACAGCCCGGCUGCAAGAAUGUCUGCUACGACCACUUCUUCCCGGUGUCCCACAUCCGCCUUUGGUGCCUGCAGCUCAUCUUCGUGUCCACACCCGCCCUGCUGGUCGCCAUGCACGUGGCCUACAGGAAGCGAGGCGACAAGAGGACCAUCAUGGCCACGCACGACAAGAUGUGCGAGCACGACCUGGAGAACCUGAAGAAGCGGCGUCUCCCCAUCACCGGGCCACUGUGGUGGACCUACACCUGCAGCCUGUUCUUCCGGCUUAUCUUCGAGGGUGGCUUCAUGUACGCGCUCUACUUCGUCUACGACGGCUUCCAGAUGCCCCGGCUGGUCAAGUGCGAGCAGUGGCCGUGCCCCAACAAGGUGGACUGCUUCAUCUCGCGGCCCACGGAGAAGACCAUCUUCACCAUCUUCAUGGUGGCGUCCUCGACCAUCUGCAUGGUGCUGAACGUGGCGGAACUGUUCUACCUCAUCGGCAAGGCCCUGAUGAGGUGCUCCAACAGGAUGUCCAAGAAAGGGCGCUCCUACAGUCACCCGGACCCCGUGAACCCGGACAAGGCCCUACUGCAGAACAAAAAGAAUGAGAUGCUGCUUUCGGCCUGCACGGACGCCUCAAGCAACAAGACAGUGUGAACACGCCCCGUAGAGACUGAGGACCAGACGGAACCCUAUCAGUGUUGUUAACUGUGACACCAUGUUUGCAUUUCAGAGAGCAAAAGCCUGUGGUUCUGCCUGCUGUUGAAGUGUAUCUGCGCCUUCCACAACUUUCCAAACUGUUCCCUAACUAACAUAGUGCGUUAUUUAGGGCACCGGGAAUGGUAGUGUUAGAAUGUAUACCGGCAUUAGGCUGUUGGAUAUACAUUACAUUUACAUUUAGUCAUUUAGCAGACGCUCUUAUCCAGAGCGACUCACAGUAAGUACAGGGACAU